GCGUCUCCACCUUGGGGGGGAGCAGAGCACCCGCCCUGACCUAGCCGGGCUCAGCCUCGUCCAGCCCGGCCUGAGCGCCCCGCCCAGCAGCCGGCUCGGAGGCAGGGCCCACUGGGGUCUGGGAGCGCGGGCGCCAUGGACAAGAUCCUGGAGGCGGUGGUGACGUCGUCGUACCCGGUCAGCGUGAAGCAGGGGCUGGUGAGGCGCGUGCUGGAGGCGGCGCGGCAGCCGCUGGAGCGUGAGCAGUGCCUGGCGCUGCUGGCGCUGGGCGCGCGCCUCUACGUGGGCGGCGCGGAGGAGCUGCCGCGCCGCGUGGGCUGCCAGCUGCUGCACGUGGCCGGCCGCCACCACCCCGACGUCUUCGCCGAGUUCUUCAGCGCGCGCCGCGUGCUGCGCCUGCUGCAGGGUGGCGCCGGUCCCCCGGGCCCCCGCGCGCUCGCCUGCGUGCAGCUGGGCCUGCAGCUGCUGCCCGAGGGGCCCGCGGCCGACGAGGUGUUUGCGCUGCUGCGGCGUGAGGUGCUGCGCACAGUGUGUGAGCGCCCGGGGCCCGCGGCCUGCGCGCAGGUGGCACGGCUGCUGGCGCGCCACCAGCGCUGUGUGCCCGACGGCCCGCACCGCCUGCUCUUCUGCCAGCAGCUGGUGCGUUGCCUCGGCCGCUUCCGCUGCCCAGCCGAAGGCGAGGAGGGCGCCGUGGAGUUCCUGGAGCAGGCCCAGCAGGUGAGCGGGCUCCUGGCUCAGCUGUGGCGAGCCCAGCCCGCUGCUAUCCUGCCCUGUCUCAAAGAGCUGUUCGCAGUCAUCUCCUGCACAGAGGAGGAGCCGCCAUCUAGCGCCCUGGCCAGCGUAGUCCAGCACCUCCCAUUGGAGCUCAUGGACGGCGUUGUCCGGAACCUCAGCAAUGAUGACAGUGUAACAGACUCGCAGAUGCUCACCGCCAUCAGCAGGAUGAUUGACUGGGUGUCCUGGCCCCUGGGGAAGAACAUUGACAAGUGGAUCAUUGCACUGCUGAAGGGCCUGGCUGCUGUUAAGAAGUUCAGCAUCUUGAUCGAGGUUUCGCUCACCAAAAUUGAGAAGGUUUUCUCUAAGCUGCUAUACCCCAUCGUCCGGGGAGCUGCCUUGUCUGUGCUCAAGUACAUGCUCCUGACCUUCCAGCACUCUCACGAGGCCUUCCACCUGCUCCUCCCUCACAUCCCCCGCAUGGUGGCCUCUCUGGUGAAGGAGGACUCGAACUCGGGGACCAGCUGCCUAGAGCAGCUGGCAGAGCUGGUCCACUGCAUGGUGUUCCGGUUCCCAGGCUUCCCGGAUCUGUACGAGCCUGUCAUGGAGGCCAUCAAGGUAAGUGACAGUUCCCUACUUGGAACUCAUCCCACUCUGACAAAGAUGCCAGUGUGGGCCUUCCUGCGGGCCAUACCAUGGCUUGGUGGCAGCCCCCAUCAUUUGGUGCCUGGCUGCCUCCCAUCACCUACCCAGGUCCAUCAGGUGCCUCAGGCAUACUGAGCCACCCCGCUUUCCCCAAGUGGGCCAUCCUGCCUCAUGGCUGCUCUGGGUUUUUGCACACGCUGUGCUCUCUAACCAUAAAUCCUUCUCUU